AUGGAUACAACUAUUGAUGAUCUUAUUGAUGAGAUUUUCAAGGAAGAGGAUAAGACAGCGAUUGGGCGUCAGCAAACCUCGGGAUGGGAUUCCAGCGACAGCAGUACCGGUAGUAUCAGCCCCAGAAGCACGACGGGAAGGCAGAGUUCCCUCGAUAAGGCGCUUCACAAGCACAUCGCGCGCAAAGGCGAUCCGUUAGAAGAUUCCGGGGCGCUCCCGUCGCGAUCAGGCCCCUUGGCCCCAUUCUCCAUCGCUUCCAAGGCGAAGGCGAAGGAUUUCGACGACACCUCCGAGGAGGAGGGGGUGGAGGAUCGCGGCCUCGGCGGGGGGGACCCCCCGGUGCGGGUGAAACCCACCCCUUUGGCAAGCGACCUUUGCCGGCAGACGAGCCGCUCCUGCCACCCCACCCCGCCUUUUCCCACCCUCCCAGCCGCCGGUUUGGUCUGCUGCGCGGGCCGCUGCUACGUCACGAACGUCGGCGCCGCACUCGCCUUUUCGCGCGCGGGGAAAAGCCCCUUUCCGACGGUGGAAGGGCUGAUUGAGCUCUCCAACGGCCUCCACGCCCGCGGCGCCUCUUCCGGGAGCCUCAUGUUUCUCAAAGGGGCCUUUUACGUCAGCCAUCCGGAGCUCGGCAACGGCUGCCUGGAUGGGAACACCGACGCGGAUCGCGGGGGAUGCCCGCACAUUCUCUGCCUGAAGUGCAAUUACGUCGUGAUUCGCCUACAGGGCGCGGAGUGGGUGGAUGACGACGGGCGCUUUGAUUUAUACCUCACCACGCGGAAUUAUUACCCGGAUUGGGCUCGUCUGGCGGGCUCGAGCCCGUUCGGGGAUCGGGCGGGGAAGACGCAGAACUCGGUCCUUCGCACGAAUCCUGACGCCGCGGCGUACUGCUGCCAAUGCUCAUGCCUUACCGUGAGGGCCUCGCGGGUGGGGAUUGAGACCAAACUCACCGACGUUGCCCUCGCGGGUGCCGAAAAAUACCGCUUCGCCACCGAGCUGCCUUUACUUCCCAAUGAGAAGCAAAGACGACCUCCGUUGUGGGUUUGCAAGGGUCAUUAUGUAGCUAUGGGGAAAGGUGAUGAAUAG